GAUCCGCGUUUGUCCGUAGCUGCGUUCCGUAGUUACCGGUUAUUGGAGGUCAGCCGUUUCUGGCGUGAGCUUGAAAUGUGAACCGAGAAAUGUCAUGAAGUGAAUCUGAAGCAAGCAGUGGCUUCAUAGAUGCGGAAUCGCUUUGUCUCACUGGCAUGAAUCACCUGUGUGUGUUAAACUGGUGUGAGCAGAGGCUUUAUUCAGACUGACAACGGCAGAAGUUGAUCCGUCCGUGUUGCCCUACAGAGGCCUGCGCUAUUGCAUAUAGCUGCAGGAUCAAUGAUCUACGACAAAGCACUUGCUCGUUUUUUAUUUUGAUCACAUCAAAGUUGCAACGAUGAGAAAGGACGUGAGGAUAUUACUUGUCGGUGAACCCAAAGUGGGGAAGACCUCCCUGAUCAUGUCACUCGUCAGUGAGGAAUUCCCUGAUGAGGUUCCUCUCAGAGCUGAAGAGAUCACUAUUCCAGCUGAUGUCACACCUGAGAGAGUGCCCACUCAUAUAGUGGACUAUUCAGAAGCAGAACAGUCAGAUGAGCAGCUUUACCAAGAAAUAUCAAAGGCCAAUGUUAUAUGCAUCGUAUAUUCAGUAAACAACAAGAAAUCAAUCGAAAAGGUGACGAGUCAUUGGAUUCCCCUCAUCAAUGAAAGAACAGAUAAGGACAGCAGGUGUGUGGCGUCCUGCCAGGUUUUUAAACUUACUGUUUUUGAAAUAUGUAUUCUAUUAAAUAAGGUUAUGACACCAACAUUUUUGAUGCAAAGCACAGUGGUCAUUGUGGACUUCUUUUUCUUCACAGCCAAAGUGGGGAAGACCUCCCUGAUCAUGUCACUCGUCAGUGAGGAAUUCCCUGAUGAGGUUCCUCUCAGAGCUGAAGAGAUCACUAUUCCUGCUGAUGUCACACCUGAGAGAGUGCCCACUCAUAUAGUGGACUAUUCAGGUACUGAUACUUGUACAUCACUGUACGAUGAGACUCAUAUGGCCUGCAUUGCUGUUCUUAUGUCAAUGCCGCAAGCCUCUCCUAAGUGUUCAGCCAAAAACCUGAAAAAUAUCUCAGAGUUGUUCUACUAUGCCCAGAAGGCUGUUCUGCACCCGACAGGACCGCUGUACUCUCCAGAAGACAAAGAGAUGAAGCCUUCGUGCAUCAAAGCACUUACUCGCAUUUUCAAAAUAUCAGACCUGGACAAUGAUGGCAUUCUAAAUGAUAAUGAGCUUAAUUUCUUCCAGAGAACUUGUUUUAACAUACCCCUGGCACCUCAAGCCCUGGAGGACGUGAAGAAUGUUGUGCGGAAAAAUAUGUCAGAUGGUGUAAAAGACAAUGGCCUCACACUGAAGGGUUUCCUGUUCCUUCAUACACUUUUUAUUCAGAGAGGAAGGCAUGAGACCACAUGGACUGUGCUCAGGAGGUUUGGUUAUGAUGAUGACCUGGAGCUGACCCAGGAAUACCUGUUUCCACUGUUAAAAAUACCUCCAGACUGCACCACAGAGCUGAACCACAACACCUACCUCUUCCUCCAGAGCGUCUUUGACAAGCAUGACAAAGAUCGAGACUGUGCCCUAUCUCCAGAUGAGCUGAAGGAUUUGUUCAAGGUCUUUCCCUGCAUGCCCUGGGGUCCCGAUGUCAACAACACCGUUUGCACCAAUGAGCAGGGCUGGAUCACUUACCAAGGCUACCUUUCUCAGUGGACUCUAACAACAUACCUAGAUGUGCAGCGAUGUUUAGAGUACUUGGGUUAUCUUGGUUACUCCAUUAUCCAAGAACAGGAGUCACAGACAGCUGCUGUCACAAUCACGAGGAAUAAGCGCAUCGACCUGCAGAAGAAACAGACCCAGCGCAGUGUUUUCCGCUGCAAUGUCUUAGGAGCUCGAGGCAGCGGUAAAAGUGGCUUUCUGCAGGCUUUCCUUGGCAGGAACCUUGCGCGUCAGAAGAGGAUAAGAGAAGACCACAUGUCUUACUAUGCCAUGAGCACCACUUAUGUAUAUGGACAAGAGAAAUAUCUGCUUCUGCACGAGGUGCUUCCGGACUUUGAGUUCCUUUCUGAGGCUGAUCUGGUUUGUGAUGUUGUUUGCUUGGUGUAUGACAUCAGCAACCCGCGUUCUUUUGAGUACUGCGCUAAAGUCUACAAGAAACACUUCUUGGACAGCAAGACACCCUGUGUGAUUAUUGCUGCCAAGUCAGACCUGCAUGAAGCCCGUCAGUACUACAGCCUGUCCCCGCUGGAUUUCUGUCGGAAACACAAGCUUCACCCGCCGCAGAUGUUCACCUGCAACACAGACGAAGCACCCAGCAAAGACAUCUGUACCAAACUCACCACUAUGGCCAUGUAUCCCCAUGCCAAGUUACGCUGCAUGUGCAGCUGCAACAGGUGCACCUAUUGCAUCUGUCACAACCUCCUGAACUCUGAGCUGGUGCGCUCGGUAAAGGCCAAACUCUACAGUGCUGUUCUGAACAGACACAUGACCCAAGCUGACCUGAAAAACUCUACAUUUUGGCUGAGGGCGAGCGUCGGUGCCACCGUGUUUGCUGUUCUUGGCUUCGCCAUGUACAAAGCUCUCCUCAAGCAGCGGUGAUCAGUGCAUCCGGCAUGUUACAGCAACCCCGGCCCUCUGAGAAACUACAAAACCCAUGAUCCCUCAUUCCAUCCUGAUUUCAUUUAGGAGAGAAGAUUCCUAGUAAUAGUUAGCUACAUUUUGUAUAGUUAAAACUGCCUUUCCCGAACCAAGUGUUAUAGGAACUCACCUCAUCAGCCAUGUGGUGGAACAGGACAUCUACAUUAACGGCGGGAGCUGUAAUCGUGUCCUCUGCUGUUCCGACAUGAGGUUUUUAUUCAUGCACACUGAUGUUUUCCUCAGGUCAGUAUUAAUUGGUGUGACCUAUACUGAAGAGACAGCAGAGCGUGAGGGUUUACAGAUAGGUGACAACACUAUGUUUAUAUGUGUAUAUAUCUUACUGGACACUUGAAGAUUGUCUCUAGUUAGUGAACAAACCAUAUUUGAACUGUAUCACAUAGAGAUACACUCGUGCUUGUGGGAGAAGCACUGAAACAAAGCCAUUUCUCACAUGUAAAGGUCAUUUUACUCUUGGCACAUCUCAGCUACUGUAUGUUAAUUUAUUAGCCUUAUUUCUGGUUUUUUUUUUUGGCAUUGCUUGAAGCAGUCAUAGAGCUAUGGAUUCUUUUAUGCAAUAUUUGGUUUUUAUUUUGAUGAUUUGUUUUUUUAUUUUCUACCCAUGGCCUUUGUAAAGAUUAUGCACAGGAAAAAAAAACCUUUUAUGUUUAGUAAUGAGAUGGCGUAAAUUGGUUCAUUCCAAACCAGACUAAUAAGGACCUGCUUGCUACAUUAUAAAGACUAUGAAUUCUUCCUAACUAACAAUCAUGUAGAGACGUCAUGUUUGUUCUAAUGUUUCAGCUCUUAUGCAUAUGUAACUUUCAAUGCAGUUUCCCUGUUCAAAACCAUGGGAUUGUUGCACAUGUGGGUUUUCAAACAUUUACAAUAAAUUAUGGUGUGAAUAAA